AAAUGGCAGCAGCCGCUCCGGACUCACGUGUGAGUGAGGAAGAAAAUCUGAAAAAGACCCCAAAGAAGAAGAUAAAAAUGGUAACCGGAGCCGUAGCGUCGGUGCUGGAAGACGAGGUCACAGACACUUCUGAUAGCGAAGGUUCUAUAGGAAGCUGUGGAUCAGAAAAGGACCACUUUUAUUCUGAUGAUGACGCAGUGGAAGCUGACAGUGAGGGUGAUGCUGAGCCCUGUGACAAAGAAAAUGAAAAUGAUGGAGAAUCAAGUGUUGGGACUAAUAUGGGCUGGGCAGAUGCCAUGGCUAAAGUCCUCAACAAGAAAACUCCUGAAAGUAAACCUACUAUUCUGGUCAAAAAUAAGAAGCUGGAAAAGGAAAAAGAAAAGUUAAAGCAAGAAAGACUAGAGAAAAUAAAACAGCGUGAUAAGAGACUGGAGUGGGAAAUGAUGUGCAGAGUAAAGCCAGAUGUUGUCCAAGACAAAGAGACAGAGAGAAAUCUUCAGAGAAUUGCAACAAGGGGUGUGGUGCAAUUAUUUAAUGCUGUUCAGAAACAUCAAAAGAACGUUGAUGAAAAGGUUAAGGAAGCUGGAAGUUCUAUGAGAAAGCGUGCUAAGUUGAUAUCAACUGUUUCCAAGAAAGAUUUCAUCAGUGUUUUGAGAGGGAUGGAUGGAAGUACAAAUGAGACUACUUCAAGCACGAAGAAACCAAAACCCAAACAGACUGAAGUGAAAUCAGAAGAAGGCCCAGGUUGGACGAUCCUACGUGAUGAUUUCAUGAUGGGAGCAUCUAUGAAAGACUGGGACAAGGAAAGUGAUGGGCCAGAUGACAGCAGACCAGAAUCUGCAAGUGACUCUGAUACAUAAAGCAUCAUAGGAAAUACAGUUGCAGUCGUUUUGUUUUUUUCUAGAAAAAUAUGUCAUCCUCUGAUAGUUGGGGGAUUAUAAGGAUACCAUUUGUAAGAAAGCCAAAAGACUUUUGCCAGAUUUCAUAUUUCCCCUUUUCAUGUACACUUUAUAUAUACUUCAUUAAAAUUAUAUUUUAAACCCUUGUAUAAUUUUAAGCAUUGUUCCUCAGAACAUUUAUAAAAGGAUAUAUUUCUGCUUGAUCAGCGAGAUAUGCAUUUUGCCAGGAUCAUAUUGGUCAUGUCUAUUGGUGUAUUAUUUCAGUAUCACCAAUGUUUUCAGAAAUACAGUACUAAUUCAUAAUUAAACUCCUUGAAGUUAAUAUUUCUCUGCCUUCUAACUUAUAGACCCAACUAUGUAUCUGUAGUUUUUGGGAAUGAUUGGUGUUUUUUGCUUUGUGUUGGGAAGUUAUUGAGAAAACCUAUAUAAUAAAAUUUAAAAUUAUAGUUUUUCAGAUUUUGGGUGGUGAUUUUAGUUUUAGGUAAUCUGGAAGAUAUGAUUUAAGAAACAACAGAUUUCAACUUUUUUUUCUUUUUUUUUUUUUUUUUUUUGAGAUGGAGUCUUGCUCUGUGGCCCCAGAUGGAAUGCAGUGGCGUGAUCUCGGCUCACUGCAAGCACUGCCUGCCAGGUUCACGCCAUUCUCCCACCUCAACCUCUCGAGUAGCUGGGACUACAGGUGCCUGCCACCACGCCCAGCUAAUUUUUUGUUUUUGUAUUUUUAGUAGAGACGGGGUUUCACCGUGUUAGCCAGGAUGGCCUCGAUUUCCUGACCUCGUGAUCCGCCCGCCUCGGCCUCCCAAAGUGCUGGGAUUACAGGCAUGAGCCACCGUGCCCGGCCCAGAUUUCAACUUUUAUUUUAUUUCCUUUCAUUUAUUAAAUAAUAUAAAUAAUGACAGAUUUAUUUUAGGUGUUAGGCUAUUUUUGCAUGAGAGAUUUACAGAAGUGGAAAUUCUCAUGCUUAACUUAUGCAAUGAGACAUAGUUUCUCAGGAAGCACAUUUGACAUGUUUUAGUCUCUCUUCUUUUUUUUCUCCCAAAUAUUUGAGUUAGCUUAAAUUCUUUUUUAUGGACUGCUCAACCAGUGAAUUGAUGCAGUUAGACAACAAGUAAUCUGCAGCAGAAUAUUUCAUCCGAUUUGAGACUUGAUUCCAUAUUAUUGCCUUAAAGGCUGUUAAAUUGGGUGACUUUUAGUAUGCAGCUGUUAAAAAGAGAAAAGACUGUUUAAUAUCAUUCCAAAAUUUUUGUGAAAUGUGGCCCAAGAUCUAAAGUUUUUAAGGGAAUUAUUUAAUAAAUAUGAUCUGUCCCUUUGUGAAAAGGAUCCAUCCCCUUUCAUAAUAAAAAUAAUCCCCUCCUACCACCCAGUUGCACAUACUUGCAUCUGUUAUGUAUUGAAGGAUAAUCCUCCCCCAAAAAAACUAUCCAAGAGCAGAGAUGUUUAUAUUUUGAAACCCAUUUGAGUGUUACAGUAUUAUAUGACUAAAGCUGAGUCAGUCUGGGCCUGGUAUUUGUUAUCAUAAAGGAAGAUGUACACCUAAGAUAUCAAGUGGUUAAAACAGCAAAGUACAAGACGCAUUUUUGUAUUUAUUCUAACUUUUGAACAUUAGUGUCUUUCAGUAUAAAUAAAUGUGAACACAUAUACCUCAGUAGUAAUACAGGAGAACUAAAUAUCCUGCUAUAACUUAAUACAGAUACAUAUUUCAAUAUGACCUAACAAACACAUAAUUUUGAAAAAAAAAAAAUAUGUGCAGCAACUUACACAUUUUUCUCCCCAGAACUAAGAUUACACUUAAUUUAAUUUAAUCUGUUUCUGGGUUAUACUAGAGUUUUGCCGGAAUUUUUCUGAAUAGUACAUUCACAUGAUAGAUAUGGAUAAAUAGCUUACUUACUAAAAUGUUUUGAAACAUAUUUUAUAGUCCCUCAUUUGAUUUGAAAAAAUUUGGCAAGAUCUUCACAUUGAAAGUAAGGACGAGAAUAUUUGCAGAUUUCCUUUGUUCUGAAAUUAUUUUAUUCCAAAGCAAAAUUGAGUUGCCACUGUCAGGAAAAAAAUGUAUCACUUCUGUUAGAAGGCUAUGAAGUAUAUAUAAAUUAUAUGACAAUUUUUAUCAUAUAGAUUUGAUAUCUUCUAUGUAUUCGUAUUUCUGCAUCUUGGGUAUUAAGCAAAAUACCAUAUGUAUAAAUAUGAAACCAGGAAUGUGCAUAUUUUAGAAACUAAUUGUGUAUCUUAAGUGAAUGUUUUGAGUAGUUUAGUUCUGUCACCUCUAUUCUAAAUAUUUUACCUACAACAUUUAAAUUAUUCUGAUAUCAAUCAGAUAAAUAAUCCAAGUCUAUUUCGUCUUUCUACAUUGUCUUUAUGGUUUUUGUUUGUUUUUGAGACGGUCUCACACUGUCACCCAGGCUGGAGUGCAGUGGUGCAAUCUCAGCUCACUGCAACCUCCGCCUCCCAGGUUCCAGCUAUCCUCCCACCUCAGCCUCCCAAGUAGCUAGGACUACAGGUAUGCACCACCAUGCCCAGCUAACUUUUUGUCUGUUUGAUGGAGAUGGGGUUUCCCCAUCUUGCCCAGGCUGGUUAUGAAGUCCUGAGCUCAAGGGAUCCCCCUGCCUCUUGCCUCCCAAAGUGCUGGGAUUACAGGUGUGAGCCACCAUACCACCUGUCUUUGAAUUUUUUAACGAGGGGAAAGAAAACUGCAAUUCCUGCCUCCCCAUUUAUUUAAACAUGACACCUAGGAUUUUAUUUUUGGUAACUACUUAGAAUAAUAUAGUAGAUUACUUAUCUUUGAUUAGAAAGAACUAUGGAAAAUAGGAACCAAUAAUUUGGAAGUAUUAUUUCCUCAUUUCAUAUAUAGAAAUAAUUAUCUUAUUUCCUUAUUUCAUAUAUAGAAUGUUCUAGAUACUUGGAUGGCUGGGGUUAACGUUCUUAGUAUUUAUCAUAGUUUAGCAUUGGUUGUUAUUUUUAAGCAUCAGAAUUUGAAAGCCAAUGAUAAUACCUGAUUAGGACUGAAAAUAGAAUUAUCUUAGUAGUUUAGCACUUUUUAUAAUGGAGUUGGAGCACUGAAUUUAUUUUCAAAUUACCCAGAAUUCUGCAUUGCUCAAAUAUUAUUCAAUUGAUUGCAAAAUAUACCUUGGAAACCCUUUGGAUAGAAUAGUUCAGAGGGUUACCACUAGUACUUAGAGCCUAAAGUCACUCAGUAGGAGGUUCUCGAAGGUCUAUUUGAAGGCAAUCCAAUUUCUUUAAAAUAAAAUUUUUUUUUAAUCUUUUAAAACAGACGGGUGAAGAAAGGGGCAUAUAAAUUCUGGGAAACCUCUUAUGAUUUCCUUCCAUUUCCUUCUAUGUCUCCAUUAAUGUGCUAACUUGAAGGAAUUUAACUUCAAGGAAAGUUGACUGCUGAAGUUUAUGUAGAGCUGUGAAUAUUAUAAUUUUUCAAUACUUUAUUGAUAAUGUUAGCUUUGUUUUUAUUUGGAAACAUUUUUUCCAGUUCACCGAAGCAGAAUUCAUUCUGUUCUUCCCUGAAAUUCAUCUAUUAGGAUCAAUGUGAUUGACAUUUAUCUCCACUCUGCAUGUCAGUGCUGUGGUAUAGACGCUAUAAGCCCUGUAGUAUUAUGGGUAUGAAGACUAUUUGAGGUGAAUUGGCAGUGAGAGCAAAUUUUGGAAACAGGAGAGAGAACUACUUCAUGCCUACAAAAAGCUCUCUCACUCCUUCCCCAAGAAAACAGGAGUCUGAAUUUUGGCCAGCUGGGUGUUUGAAUCUUACUGACUGUUGCAGCAUUGGUAGUCCUGGUAAAUUUUUUCAGUGGGUGAGCUUUUCUGAAAUUUGAUUAAACAUAUUACUCAAGGGAAUCUGUGAAUAGAUUUAGAAGUAGAAUGUUUGAGGUGGUUGACAAGACAUUUAGAAUUGUGAUUAAUGUUUUAAUAAAAUGCUAAGUUAGAAUGAAUCUAAUCAUAAUUAUAUAGAUGGAAGAUAUAUUCUAACAGUUCUUAAAUAAUUUUAGAUUCUCUAAAUUUAGAGUGUUUUCUAGCUUAGAGAACCAUAUUAAUAUUUUUUACCUAGUCUACUGAACAUAAUUUCAGGGAGUUAGUACUUAGGACUUUCUACCUAGAGAUGUGGUAAACCUUUUAAAUUUAAAUUUGCUUUCUUAAAAUACCUGUUCCAACAUUGCUCACCUUUCUUCUCCUUCCUUUUUGCCCUCUCCUUCAGUGGGAGGGGCACAUAUUCAGCUUUCUGUUAAACACUCUUUGGUUUUCAACUGAGUAAGGCAAGCAAGGAUAUAUGUUAGAAGAGUAGACAUAAUACUUUAUCAUAAAAUUAUAGGGACUAAAAGUCUAAAUCAUUGCUGUCAAUAGGACUUUUUUUGAUGAUGGAAAUAAUUUAUGUCUGUGCUGUUCAAUAUGGUAGCCACUAGCAUGGGUGACUACUGAGCAUUUCACAUGUGGCUAGUGAUACAGAGGAACUAAAUUUUUAAUUUUACUUAAUUACUUUAAAUUUUAAAAGUUACAUGUGGCUAGUGGGUCUAUCCCAACUAUGAAGAGAAUAAAGCUACAGAGCAUAUAUCUAGUCUAAUGAAACAACAGUGAAUUUGGGAAUUGUAAAUCUGUCUUAAGCUUUUUCCAUAAACUUUUAUUGAUACAAUUUAGGCAUAUACAAAUACUGGUGAAAUUUUAUUGAUUGAAUUAUUGUUGACCUUUUUUCAGUAUUUGUAUUUUUAAAAAGAUAUGUUUCUUUAUAAUUAACUUGUAUUGUAGGGUAACUAUUCUCCUUAAAUGUUCAGCCACUUAGUUACUAACAAAUAGCAUUUGGUUUUUUAGCAUUAUUUAUCAUCUGAGGCUUUCAGAAUUAAUACACCAAACCUUAAAUAUUUUUGUUGUUCUCUAAAAGAAUGGGUUUAUGAUGCUCCAAAAGGACAUUUUGAGAACUGCCGGAGCAACAGAUACCAUGUAAGGAGUGAAUUCCCAUGUUUUUCACUUAUAUCUAGGGGCCUACUUAUUUAGGAGGUUUCCUAAGUAAGUGUAUUUAGUUGUAGAACCCUAGAGUUGCCUAGGUCCAUUCUAUUCUAGCACAUACUCAACAUACUGCCAGAGCAAAUGUAGGUUGCAGAUUCAGGCAACACACACACACACACACACACACACACACACACACACACACACACACACCCCGAAGAGCACAAUGAGCAUUAUUAGCACAG